AUGACUGUAUUCCUUGGUGUGUAUAAGGCGAUUUACGACUAUGAGCCGCAAACGCCUGAAGAGUUAGAAAUCAAAGAAAAUGAUAUGCUUUAUUUACUAGAGAAAUCUGACAUCGAUGAAUGGUGGACCGUUAAGAAACGGAUCAUUGGGUCCGAUGACCCAGAGCCUUCCGGGUUAGUGCCUUCUACGUAUAUUGAAGAUGCACCUGUGAUUCGUACAGUUAAAGCUGUCUAUGAUUAUGAUCAACCUCAAAAUCCCGAUGAGGAAUUGUUAUUCCAUGAAAACGAUACUUUCCAAGUAUAUGAUGAUAAGGAUCCUGACUGGUUGCUUGUCAAGUCUUCAAAUAACGAAUUUGGUUUUAUUCCUGGGAAUUAUAUCGAAGAAGCCGGGGCAACAGGAGGGGCACCUGCUGCAGCGGCAGCUACUCCUGUUCCUGUUGCAGUUGCGACAUCAGUAGUUACACCAGCUAAUGCUGAUGUCUCGACUUUUUUACCACCUCCACAACAUAACCAAAGAGAUCAAUUACAAUCAGCAGAGCAGAGUAACAAUGAACCUGCUACUCCAGAUAGAUAUGCGCAAGAAGAUGAUAGAGAAGACACGCCUCCUUCUAAACCGAUGAGACCUAACGAUGCACGUGACAAAGCUCGUUCUAGGGUGUCGUACUACGAUGAGGUUGAUGAUAACAACAUUCCUACAGAUAAUGGUCGCGAUAACCGUCGUGAUGAGCCCCAUAGAUAUGCUGAUGAAGAUGAUUAUGGUAGUAACACGAAUAAUUAUAACAAUGAUAGAGACAACAAUGAUAACCGUGGGAGUUUCAACAUAGAAUAUCAUUCAUGGAAUGUUCAAGAAAUCGAAGGUAGGAAGAAGAGAAAAGCAAAAUUAGUUGUCGGAAGUAACAAGAUAAAUUUCAUUUCAGAAAAUGGUACUCAAUUAGAAUGGACUGUCGAUAAAUUGGUGUCCUAUGAUAAUGAAAAGAAACAUAUGUUCUUGGAAUUUGUAGAUCCUUACAAAAACUUAGAGUUACAUACAGGGAACAAUGAAACUUCCAAAGAAAUCAUGUCUAUUCUAGGUGAAAUUAAAGGUGUUUCCCGUGAUAAAGGUUUGAAAGAGAUUGAAACAGCAUCACAAACAAAGAGAAAAGGUAAAAUAGCAUAUGAUUUUAUUGGUGAAUCCAAUGAUGAAUUGACCGUGAAACAAGGAGAUCUGGUAUAUAUUAUUAAUGACAAAAAAUCUAAAGAAUGGUGGAUGUGUGAAUCUGUCGAUACCGGUAGAAGAGGUGUUAUUCCAGCACAAUUUGUUGAACCAAUAAAAGAUAAGUCAUCCAGCAGUGCUGGUGGAUUAUUUAAUUCUAUUAAAAAGAUGGCCAAAGGUAAUAGAUCACCAUCAAAAUCACAUUCUAAUUCGGUAUCUGGUUCCGGUAGUUGGAGAGAUGAUGUAACCCCAGAUGAAAGCGCUUCAUCAAAGAGUAGAUCUAGAGGUGCAUCAUUUUCAAGUAGAAAGAAGAGAUCUGCAUCUAUGAGUAAACCAUCCGAUAAUGUAAACAAGAAGAAAUUUCCGGAUCCUAAAAAAUCUAGAUUAUGGGUUGAUAGAAGUGGUACAUUCAAAGUCGAUGCCCAAUUUAUUGGUUGUGCUAAUGGUAAGAUCCAUUUGCAUAAGGCUAAUGGUGUUAAGAUCGCUGUCGCUGCUAACAAACUUUCCGAUUCUGACUUAGUGUAUGUUGAAAAUAUUACAGGAUUUAGUCUAGAUAAGUAUAAAAUUAACUCAAGCGGUUCGUCUGGUUCUGGUAAUAAAGAUGCAAGAGAGUCUGAGCGCGACAGAAGAAGAAGAUUGAGAGAACAAGAAGAGAAGGAGCGUGAUAGAAGAAUUAGAGAAAGAGAACUGAACGAACUAAAGAAAGCAAGACAAUUGUUAGAUGAUGAAAGACUUCGUUUGGAAGAGCAAAAAGAUUUACCACCAGUUAAACCUCCAAGACCAAACUCAACCGUCGGUAUGCCCUCUUCCUCAUCUCAUAAGAGCUCAAAGAGUAAAAAUAAUUACGAUUGGUUUGAGUUUUUCUUAAACAGUGGUGUGGAUGUUAGUAACUGUCAAAGAUAUACCAUUAACUUCGAUAGAGAACAAAUCACCGAAGAUAUGAUGGAAGACAUCAAUGCACAAAUGCUUAGAACUCUUGGUUUACGUGAAGGUGAUAUCGUUAGGGUAAUGAAAUUCUUAGACAAUAAAUUUGGUAGGGAUACUCAUGAAGUAGUAGUACCAGCUCAAACUGGAGGUAUGUUUACCGAAGCGGAUGGAUCAUUGAAGAACAACAAUAAUAACGUUCAGCAGGGCGUUUCGCAACAACUGUUACCUCAGACAGACACCGCUGCUAUGGCUGCUCCUGUUUCUCAAGAUGAUGAUGCUUGGACAGCUAGACCUGCUGCUAAAUCUCAACCAGAUCUAGUCUCUGGUAAUUCUAACUUUACCGGCUCUAUGCAAGAUCUACUUGACUUACAACCAUUAGAACCAAAGAAACAUAUACCUUCCCAGGUCCCUGAACCAAAUUUGAAUAAUUUAGAGCCAGUAAAGACUGGAAAUGCUAUCCCUGCUGUUGCUCCAAUUACUACAGCCACUACUGGUGGUGCUAACUUGGUUCCUUUAGAUCCAUUUAAGACAGGUGGUAAUAACAUAUUACCAAUUGGUACCGGAUUUGUUAUGAUGCCAAUCGCAACUGGCGGUAUGAUGUCUACUCAAAGAACGGGUGGUCUUGGUAUGCCUGUAACUACAUUUGGUACUCAAUUAACUGGUGGUGUAUUACCGGUUCAAAAGACUAAUGGUGGUUUGAUUCCUAUUGCUACUACUGGUGGUUUGAUGCCACAGACUACUUUUGGAGCUCAAUUAACUGGUGGUUUGAUGCCACUACAAACUACAGGUGGUCUGAUGCCAUUACAAAGAACAGGAGGUAUAAUACCUCAGACGACAUUUGGUACAGCUGCACCAAUGGGAUCAGUUCUUCCUGUCCAGAGGACUGCCAAUGGUUUAAUGCCAUUGCAAACAACAGGUGGUAUUAUGCCAUCUACAACCUUCAUGAACCCAGUAUUGACUGGGGGUGCUAUGCCGCAAACAAGUUUUGUUAACCCAGCUCUAGCUGGUGGUAUGAACCCAAUGAUGAACCAAACUUUGACUGGUGGUAUGAACCCAAUGAUGAAUCAAGCCUUGACUGGUGGUAUGAACCCAAUGAUGAAUCAAGCCUUGACUGGCGGUAUGAACCCAAUGAUGAACCAAGCCUUGACAGGAGGAGCAAUGCCUCAGACAAGUUUUGGUGCCCAAAUGACCGGAGGUGCCAUGCCACAGACUGGGUUCGGUAAUCAAACGACUGGUGGAGCUAUGAUGCCACAAACAUCUUUCGGCGCACCAAUGCAACAUGCCAACACCAUGCCAAUGCAAAUAACUGGUGGUUUCCAACCACAAUCACAAUUUGGUGUGACUUUGCAAAGAACAGGUGGUGCAAUGCCUAUCAAUACUGGUGUUAAUAACAUCACGCAAGGAAUGCAAAAUACAACUAUUUCUCAACCACAGCAGUUACAAACCCAGCCAACUGGGUUUGGAUUUGGUAAUGGACCUCAACAAACUCAACAAGGUAGACAAGCAAACAUAUUUAAUGCGUCUGCUGCCAAUCCAUUCGGAUUUUAA